AUUGUCGGCCGUUUCGGGUCAAAAUUCUGCAUCAGGAAUGAGGCCGGAGACGUGAGAAGGCCAGCAAAAACUCCAUAUUUACAACUGUGUGUGUUGCUCAGGAUUUCCGUCCCUUCACUCUUGUUCCACCUACCCUCCCUGCCUUGUUUUCUCCUCCCAGCUCCGCCUGGUUACGGGGUCACGGCAACGAUUACGACGGACCGCCAGUCUGGCCGGAGAGCCGGCGUGUGAAGCAGGUGCUGAGGCGGCCGGCGGCACGUCCCCCGCAACCAUUACCACUCUGGCCGAGCGGAAACAGGCACAGGUGAGGUUCCGGAGGACUGGCGAGCGGCUCUAUUCAAGAAGGAGACAAGGAAAAAUCUUGGAAACUGUAGACUGCCCACCGGAAGUUGGUGUUAGUGUCAGUGGAGAAUAGCAACAGCACCCUCCAUUAUGCACUGAGCUGGCAACAGAGAGACAGCUGCAUCCAAGCAUGUACCCAGCGGCUGGCUCCUACAGGCCCCCUGGCCCCUGGAGGGCCACCAUGCUCACCGAUCCCUUUGUGCUGCCUCCUAUCCAGAUGCACAACUUCUCCAGUCGGCCGCUGACCAUAGUCAUGACCGAUGUGAACGCUGAGCGUGAAGGAGCCGGGAACUAUACCGAGUACCAUCACUUCUACGGAGUUCCCUACGUCCCUCCGUUCUGGUUCCCAACACCGGCAAACCCAGCUCCCUACCAGUACCCACCCUAUUAUCCAUACGGUGCCUACUUGGCCCAGCAGCCAGCCCUGGGCUCAGGGGCCUGGCCUGAAGGCUCCACCCUGAGGGGUGACCUGCACUGGGGCAAGCUAGAGCAGACGUACGGCCCCCGGAGGGAAGUGCCCGACUUCCUUCAUGACGAGCUGCGGCGAGUGUAUGGCACUUACCCCAAGACGUUUGUCAGCAUCACCUACCAGAACGGGGAGUACCUGGUGAGGGCAGAGCCCCGCGUCGCAGAGCAGAAGUACAAGGUGGAAAAGAAGAUCAUCCGGAGACCGCCCACGCCCAGUGACGAUGAGAGCGAGGCGUCCGAAAAGCAGCAGAGGAAGUCCAGGCGCUAAAGCUCAUCGCGGAAGGCACUGGUCGAACGGGGGAUACUGUUGUGGCGGGACUUGAUUGUCAAGAUAAAGAUUAACUUUUAUUGUCACGCACAUCGAAACAAACAGUGAAACGCAUCAUUUGUGUCAACGACCAACGCAGUCCAAGGACGUGCUGGGGACAGCCCACAUGUGUCACCGUGCUUCCAGCACCAACACAGCACGGUCACAGCUCACUACCCCAAGCCCUAACGCCUACAUCUUUGGAGUGUGCGAGGCAGCCCCCGCGGUGACGGGAAGGACGUACAAACUCCUGACAGCCAGUGGUGAGAAUUGAACCCUGAUCGGCGGUCGUUAUAAAGUGGUUACGCUAACCGGUACGUUACUGAGCCAGCCUCUGUUCGUAUUCGAGCUAACACACCAACCUGACAGUACCGUACAGUAACAACGAGCACACAGCGUCAUGGGAAGAUGCCAGGAACCCCCAGCCUGCCCGUCCACUUGGUCCAAGCAGGGCAAGGCAUCUUGACGUGCGAUGGAGAAGCACGUUUUUAAAUACGGAUAGACCGGCUGUCUUCGGGAGCUGAUUUCGUUCCAUUUUCACAGGUCGUUCCAAAGACAAGCCGAACUCUGCCACGCGGUGAUCACUUGCUGUGCUGACCACACUGCGGUGUAGUCUGGAACGGGAUCAGAAGCUGAUGAGAAACUCCCAUCAGUAAAAGUGACCAGAAAUUCCGCUGUUCGUUUUCCUUUUCCAAAGCUAGUUACAGUAUCGCUGGAAAACAAUACCACAGCACUUCACAAUACACACUGUUUACAGUUUCAAGUUACAACGUGGUCGUUACACACUCGGACCACUGAGGAGCCCGCCAACGCUGGACAGGCCCCAGUAUUGACAAAAGAACAUCUGCAGAUGCUGGAAAUCCAAGCAACACACAAAACGCUGGCAGCAUCUAUGGAAAAGAGGACAGUCGACGUUUCAGGCCGAGAUCCUUCGGCAGGACUGGAGAGAAAAAAAGCUGAGGAGUAGAUUUAAAAGGUGGGGGAGGAGAGGGAGAAGCACAA